UUGUCUCAGGAUAGAAAUCAAGACAAUAAAGGCUUGAAGAAAACAACACAGAGGAUUUUUUACGCAACCUCACAUCCUGCAUCCAAACCCCUAACUGAUUAUGAGACAACUUUGAAUUUCACAUGGAAAACGGAAACACUGACAGACCACAAUUGUUUUUUAUUUAUCAUCCACAAAACUUCCAGAUUCUGUUUUUUUUUUUAUGCUCAUCCUUCAUGCAGACCAAACCGUUGACACCAUAUAUCAGAAACGAGCAGUAAAUGCAAAUCACCUGCAGGCUGCUAACUGAACCGCGUUUUACAAACUUUACAUGAAGUCGGGGAGGACAGAGCUCCGUCUGACCGCUUUAACCAAAAGGUGACCCAGAAAGAGUUACAUCUCCAAGUCGACGUUUAAAUCAUUGCUCGAGGCCUGACUAAUAUCAGGCGCAUCACUGUUGCCUGAGGGCCCUACUGUUUGGGCUGAAGCACCACCCACUAGAGAGGCAACACCUUACAAAGGAGAAGUCACCACGCAGCUAAGCUCACACUUCCCAUCACACACAUCCAACAAAUGCAUCCCGGGCUCUAAGCUGAUAAAACCAGAUCCGGACGUCUGCUGUGAGCUGUGGACCCCCCCCCCUCUCUUUGAGCUUCGUACACGGGAACAGACGCCGCUGCAUCACUCCGGAAAGGAAAACGAGUCAAGAGUCGAGAUGGAGACGGAUCAAGAACGCAAGCCGAAAAGGCCCCACUACAUUCCUCGGCCGCCAGGCAAACCUUUCAAGUACCAAUGUUUCCAGUGUCCUUUCACCUGUAACGAGAAGUCUCAUCUCUUCAAUCAUAUGAAAUACAACCUGUGUCAAAACUCAAUCUCCUUGGUGACUCAAAAAAACGGACAGACACCCCGACAAACGAAGGCUGUGGCAAAGGCGGUCUCUGUCAAAACUAAGGAUUGUACAAAUGUCCCUCCAGCAGUCCAGGGUCCUGAGAAAGAAGAGGCGGAAGAGAAGAAAGACGAGAGCAGAGACGACACAGAGGAGCUGGAUGUUGGGUGCGACAGUCCAGCCGGUAAGGACGACCAGAACGUGGCGAAAGCGAGCGCGCUCUCCGAGAGCGACGAGGCCAAGGAUGCGCCACGGCCAUCUGCUUUCUCCCCCGUCACGCCUAACCGUGACGGCGCUGAGGCCUCGGUGGCGACGGUGCAGCGGAGAGAAGAGCCGCCGGCCUCUAACAUCGGCCACCCGAGCGGCCCGUGGGGCACCAGAAACCUUCCGUUUAAAUCUUUCACCCCUCUCAUGGUUCCCGAAUACCCUCCCUAUCUCCUGCCGGAGCGACCCCUGUAUCCGCAGUACUUCCUCCCGAGACACGUCCCUGGAAACGACCCGAGCGCUCCGUCUUUCCAGCCAGAGUUUAUAGAUGCCCAGAGAUCUCUGGUGCAGCCACCCAUCGCCCCAGCUCACGGAGCCCCGUUCCCGCCUUACCCUUACAGAUAUUGCCACACUCUUCAGCCAGUCGCGCCCUUGCCUUACACCCUUUACCGACCCCAUGAGCUUUCCAUGCCCAUUUCAGGACACAGGUACUUUCCUUUGGAUGGCUAUGCUCAAAGCUUCGGCCACAGGGACCUGGACCUGUACAUGUAUUCGCAAUCCAGCCUCAACAGCUCUCACAGCUCUGCCCAGGGGGAGAGUCACCACGGCCAAAGUGGAGACAAAACAACCAGGUCGAGCCCUAAGGAGGGCUGCUCCGCUUUAGGGUCCCCAGACAGACCCAGUCAGGCAAACGUCCUGUUGAGAGACUCCGAGCCUUCGCAGUACACGACCACCGGUGAGUCGGAGGCCUCCCCCCAGUUCGGACACGCGUCUAAAGCCGCAGCAUCGGUCACUAAAGAUUCAAGACAAGAGGAGUCCGCAGAAACCUUACUUCAGUUAGGAAGUCGUCGCCUAGAUGGAGGGGCAAAGGGAAACGGGCCACAUUCCCCCUCGCAAGAUAAAGACCGCCAAGAGGAAUCAGAGAGCGUAGCGCCUCUUAACCUGUCGAAAAGAAACCAGGACCACGAAGAGAAACCUGAUCACAGGCUGAUGGGUUUAGACGCAGAUGAAGUGAACGGCGCAGAGCCGCUGAACCUCAGCCUCCGAGCUCAAAGCCCUUCAGAGGACCUUCCGCAGAGAGCCGACGCAGAUCUGGACGAGGAGCCGUGCGACCAACGGCAGACCGCCGCUCUGGCUCUCUGCCAGCUCGCCACUGCGAGCUCCGCAGCCUCUUUAGGUGACUUUCACAUUACAGCCCAGCCCUCUGAGAACUCAGCGGACUCUGCGGCUCCUGAUUCGCCGAAAAGUCCCGAGCCGACUGAAGGUGUUAAAGCGACUGGCCUGAAAAGACGAAGCGGUGGCCAGACUGAGGGCAAACGGCAGAAACUUACGAAAACAAGCGCAACGGAGCGAACCCUGAGGAGGAGGACUCGCUACUGCUAACAACUAAACUGGGACUGUUGCAGAAAAUGUUGCAAUGAGACUAUAUCGUCAUGCCUUCGCAUCAAAAUACUUUUCUUGAUUGGAAACUGAGAGUUGAAGCGUUCCAGCAGCCCAAGAUAUGAAAGGCCAGACAGGUACAUCGUUACAAGUCUAUGGGAAAAAAAAGUUCAUCAAAAACCCUGUCUAGUUUACAGACUUGCUGUCAAAGGCCUUCUUAUUUAAAACCCGUCAUCUUUACAUGAACUUUAGUCAGAAAACACAAAUGCAAAACUGUGUUUUCAAUGUAAAUACCAGUAAAAAUGUAUGUAAUGUAAGAAAUAAAGAUUUUUUUUUCCAUUUA